AGCUUUCUACAACGGCAGCUGUUGCUUCAGUCUGAAGUUAUGUGACUGAUUGUGUAUAUCACACACAUUCAUUUUUACAACAGAACGCUGCACAACGCGCCUAUCCUCUGCCGAAAUAUCCCGAAUCUUGCCUCGCCGAUUCCAAAGGGAGCCGAGGGAGAACCGAUGCUCAGCGCAUAGACGAGAGCCGCUGUUUCCAAUUCACCAUCGCUUUAACAGCCCUAUCAUGUUGGUCAUUUUCCUAGUUUCCAUUAUUUAAACAAUGACUGAGGCUGGAUUCCGAACGACUUGACAUGUCCGUGAAAGAUAUGGUAUUUGGGGAUUUAUCACCGCAAACAAGGAUUUUUUUUCAAUCUCAUUAAAGACCAAACAAGGCGGGUACAUGUUUAAAUAUAUAGGGCGCCUACAGGCACAGUGUAGGCUACAUAUUUUCACAUAAGAGCUGUACUCUCUGAACGGAGAGUCCGCAUAUACAUUUAGUUGGAUAUGCAAAAGGAUAUAUUACCACUGAAAAGAUAAAGACAGCUCUUUGCGCUGGAGACUUGAAUGGUCGAAAAAAAGGCGUCUCUGUUUUUGAUGGAGAAUCCAACAAGCAGAGCAAGAUCCGUAGACCCUCAAUAAAAGUGUCUUGUGCUGGAGCCUAAUAGGACCACCGUUAUUUUCAGAAUGUAGAUGUAUUUACCAGUGGCAGGAUCCAGUUGAUGACAUUCACCGAGAUAUAAGUAUUUGAAAAGAGCCAACAUUGUCAGCAAUUCGAAUUGACUCAUUUGUUCUAUUCUGCCAGUGUGAUGGGAAUUUAUUGCUGAACAUUGGGAGAGCUUUAUGGAAAACCUGAAGACAUGACAUGCACACGAAAAAAGAGGAAACGAUCCUUUUUGUUCUUUAAAACCUGUGUUUAUUUAAUUAAGAAGUCUGCAAAAAGCGACAUUAUUUUUGCAUUAAGAUCUGGCCGAUUCUAUGGAGGUGACAAUACCCUGUAUUAAUUAUUUAAUCUACUCUUUAUGUUUUCAGUAAUUUAUCAUUGUGGAUUAUAUUUGGAAUUGACGCUCGUUUUGUUGAACCCUCUAUGCCAUUUACUGUUGCUUUACUUGAUUUUGAAUCCUUAUAUAUGUAAUGUGGACCGCAACAAGCUCCCCAAACGGCCUAGAAUAAAACCGUAAGCCUUUGUCUCGAGGACAAGUAUAAUACAUGAGGAGCUGACGCUGUAAGAACAAGAGGCACCGAGGGGUAGCGCUACAGGAAACGAGGGGCUCAGUGCAAAAUGGGGCAAUGCAGAGUGAAGCACUCCGGUUCCAUGUGAGCUCCAGAGAAGAGGCAACCACGAGGACGAACGAAAGGGCAGCUGGAGGAGGAGGAGGUGGCGGUGGAGGAGGAGAGGGAGAAGGAAGAGGGGUGGAUUUCAGGAGAAAAGAGGGCUUGACACGGGAGCCAAAGGGAUGGCCAAUGGCAACGAGAGCAGCGAGGGGCUUGGCGGUCCCAUGGCUGCAGUGGUGGCCACGACGGGAGGAAUGGCAGUCGGGGGCCCAUCGUCGGCCGUGUCCACAUACAUCAAACUGGUCCUACUGGGUCUGAUCAUCUGCAUCAGCCUGGUGGGCAACCUGGUGGUGUCUCUGCUGGUCCUCAGGGACCGGGCCCUGCACAAGGCCCCUUACUACUUCCUGUUGGACCUGUGCCUGGCCGACACCAUCCGCUCGGCUGUCUGCUUCCCCUUUGUGCUGGUGUCCAUUAAGAACGGCUCGGCCUGGACCUACAGCGUGCUCAGCUGCAAGGUGGUGGCCUUCAUGGCCGUGCUCUUCUGCUUCCAUGCUGCCUUCAUGCUCUUUUGCAUCAGCGUGACACGUUACAUGGCCAUCGCCCACCACCGCUUCUACUCCAAGCGCAUGACCUUCUGGACGUGCGUGGCGGUGGUGUGCAUGGUGUGGACGCUGUCAGUGGCCAUGGCCUUCCCACCCGUCUUUGAUGUGGGCACCUACAAGUUCAUCCGCGAAGAGGACCAGUGCAUCUUCGAGCACCGCUACUUCAAGGCUAACGACACACUGGGCUUUAUGCUGAUGCUGGCCGUGCUGAUCCUGGCCACGCACGUGGUCUACAUGAAACUGCUGCUCUUCGAGUACAAGCACCGCAAGAUGAAGCCUGUCCAGAUGGUGCCAGCCAUCAGCCAAAACUGGACCUUCCACGGGCCCGGCGCUACCGGCCAGGCGGCAGCCAACUGGAUCGCAGGCUUCGGCCGGGGCCCCAUGCCACCCACCCUGCUGGGCAUACGGCAGAACUUGCACAACCAGAACCGGCGCCUGCUGGGCAUGGAGGAGUUCAAGGCGGAGAAGCAGCUUGGCAGGAUGUUCUACGUGAUCACCCUGUUGUUCCUGGUGCUGUGGUCGCCCUACAUAGUGGCCUGCUACUGGCGGGUGUUUGUCAAGGCGUGCACUAUACCGCACCGAUACCUCUCCACCACCGUAUGGAUGAGCUUUGCCCAGGCAGGGGUCAACCCCAUCGUCUGCUUCUUCCUCAACAAGGACCUGAAGAAGGGGCUCUUGGCCCACCUGCCAGCCUGCUGUAGGACUAAACCUCAUCUGCCCCGAGAGCCUUACUUUGUCAUGUGAGGGGGACGGUGGGUGGUUGUUACCUGGGGAGGGUGUGGAGGGGCGGUGGCAGGGAUGUCUGUGAGCGGUUAGGAUGGCAUGAGGGACCAUUUUAGUUGUUGUGGCCUUUGAUUCAGUGCAAGAUGCUUUAAAAGCAGUGGGUUCAAUCGGGAACUGACGAAGUGGUGAGAAUUUCAGAAUUUCAUUUCACCUCCGUGUGAUGUAUCUGGGUUUCUCCUUGUCAGAGGCGAGCAGAGGCAUUUCAAACUCAUUUGGAAUGUUAUAAAUUGUUUUAAAAUUACUUAUUGAGGGAGUAUUACACACAGUAAGAGGCAUGUGGUUGCUGCAGUGUAGAAACAAUGAAACCAAUUGUUGGUCUAAAAUUAUUAUAGGAAGGAUGUAUUAUUUCAUCAUUCUAUUAUCAAACCAAAAACACCUUUGACACCAGCAUAUAGAUUUGGCAUCAUUUGAGAUCAGUUACAUUGCUAACUGACAUAAAAAAAUGUCUUUCCUUUUUUAUAAAUGGUCUUGGUCAGGAAACAAAUUUAAGAGAGGGAUUCCUUCUACACACAGACAGAAUACGAGACUAAACCAACAACUCAAACAGUCUAUCUCAGAUGCAUGUUUGUAUUCUUAGUUUUAAUGUGGAACCUAUGAAACUGGUAGACAGUCUUUAAACAGUAGAGGCCAAGAGAAUGAUCAUUCUGGGCCUGCUAUUGUGAAAGAGAUUGAAGUGAGGGUGACAAUAUUUCUGUAGGUUGUGGGGACAACCUGGUCAUAUUGCUCAGUCACUCCCUCGUCUGUUCUCUCAGACCAAAAAUAUCAGAUGGUCCUCUGAAAAUUUGCUAGUGAAUGACUAAUAGGAGAGUGUGCUAGCACUGCUUCCUUCCUUCAUCUGCUUGAAUCAAAAGGCAUCAGUAACACAGUCAAACAGAGAAAUUAUGAGUUUUGUACAAAUAGCAUAUUCAGGCACUGUUGGCUUCAUUUGGAGUUUAUUUGGGGUUUCUAUUACAUUCUAAUUUGGUCUAACACUUCAGAUGAGUACACUAUUGGAUAUGGGAAAAUGUUAAAAGAGCUGCCAUCAAGAACAGUUUGAUCUUGUGUUCAUUAGCGUUUAAUAACAGAAAUGAGCAGAUAAUAAUUGUGAAGUGCUAAUAGGCAGACAGAAUUAUGAAACGCAUGUUUAGCUGACAUGUGUAAUCACAUGAUUUCUGAGGAUAACUUAAACAGACCAAUCAGUGACAAACUGAGAACUUGAGACCACUUUAUAAAGAAAUAUAUAUAUUUGAUAAAUUGACAGAAAAUGCUCCAUGCUCUUGCCAAAUUCCUUUUGCUGUAGGUGGUAUUGUUGCAGAUGAUUGAACCUUGGAAACCUUUUUCAUCAAUCUGAAAUUGUUUAAAAAGACAGUUGAUAGAAAAUGUUCAUAAAACCUCAACCAGAAUGUUUAGAUCUUCAGAUAGGAUAAAGUUAUUUAUCUUUGAUGACAUCAUCACUUCACAUGAAGAUCUUUGAUGUUAUGACAUCAUCACUUCACAUGAAGGUCUUUGUCGAGAGGUGGGGGAAAAUUCAGCCCAUUUAUAUUUUUGCACACAUUUGAGGAAUUUAUGAAAAAUCUAUCUUUUUUUUUCUUAACAUGAUUUAGACUUGAACCAUAAUGCUAACUAAGUGUAGGCCGGGACACAGAGAUUGUAAUAUCUUAAGUGAAUGUCAAGCAGAGGUCUGGAACAUGAUACUAUCCCUUCGUGGGUACAAAUGUAUGUUUAUUUUAGUUUUCAAAAUGCUCUAAUGUUAUCUGCAAACAAUAACGACAACAAAAACUAACAAUAACAAUGAAGCUACAGAUAAUUGAAUUGUUAUUUCUAUUAUCUGCAUUAUGGCCUUACUCUCUCGCUCUCUCUCUCAAAAAAAGGUUUGUUUAUAACCAAUGCAAGAAAGAGUUGACAGCUGUAUGCCUCUAUGUGUUGAAGUAAUAAAGAUAAAGCGAUUAUUCCAACUAAUGGGGAAACACAACACUGUGUAAUUAAUUACUUUCGGAGGACACAUCUCUCCCCCUCGCAACACCAGUCAAAAACUUUUACAAGGAUGGUAAUAAAGAAAAAACACUUGCAAAUUGUAACACAGGAGUGUGCAAUUGUGUGUAAAGGACAGAGGAAACUUUAAUCCAACAUCGACAAUUAAUGGAAUUAACAAAAGCCCUUCCUGGAUUAUUGUGGAUUUAUUUUAGACUUUUUGUUGUUGUUUCUUCUCUUAUCAGUCAGUGGGAGGGGGUGGGGUUGAUGGGAUGAGGCUGGUGUUGUGUAUUGAUCUGUGAAAACAAGGAUUAAAAAAAUAUGUGUGGAUUUUGGGGUUGGUUGUUGUUGGGGAGGGAAGGAGGGAGACCUGGAGUGAUUUUUUUGAUAAGCAGAAAUGCCUGACAGUGCUUUUUUAGUUGCUUCAGGCACACUAUCUUUUGUAAAUUAUCUAUGACCUCCGUACUAUUUAAUGUGUAUUAUAUGGACAAUGGACUGACUUGGAAUUGAGGGGGGUAAAGAAGGGGGUUCCUGGUCAUUGCAUUUUUACCACACGUGUGUGUGUGUGUUUCUGUAUGCAAGUAUGAAUGUGCGUAUGUUUAGAGGCUAGAGGGAUGAAAACAAAGGACAUGUGGGAAAUAGGAAUGGCCCGAAAUUUUGCAUUUUGAAAUGUCACUCCUGCAAAUGCUUAUUCAGUAUUUUUCAUCCUCAGCCUGUUCCUGACACGGAGAAUUGAAUGUGCUAAAACCAAUGAGGUUCAUUCAAAAAUCUGAGGCGAGUGUCUUCUUAAACCAUUCAACUGCAGAGCCUCAAGACGUAGCCUAUAACAUUUUAUACACAUGCAGUUCCUCUAAAUUGGACUACAGAGCCUUCUAUCUCAAUGGAGAUUCUGUUCUUGCAUACAUGUAUGGGAAUAUGAAGGGUGAAGUCCGUUUGAGAUUGUGUCUUGGGGCGAGUGGUUCUAUCCACAUAGCUUCUAUGAUUAUUGCACUCUUAUUCAUUUCCAAUGUGUCUCAGUGAAAGGAAUAACUUUUAUACAUGAUCUUGGCUUGGGGUUUAAAUUUGAAAUACACUGAGUUAUGUUGGUCAUAGAACUAACAUUCUAAUACUUUCCAUAUUUCUAAUUUCUGCCUCUUCUGUAGUGUUUUGACUUUGUAAAAUCCCAAAGCCAGCCAAAACCCAAUUUGACAUCUGAAUGUCUUAUUUAAUAACUCACUGAUUUUACAGUGUGACUGUAGUUAUUAUGACCCUGUAUGUGGAGAGAAUACAUACAUACCCAUGUUAUGGAUUAAACAAAAUUUAAGACAGAAAAAGCUGUGCAACCACAGUGUUAUUAUACAUUAAAUCUAUGAAAAGACAGACUCAUAAGGAUAGUCCUGUAUGUCUCUGAAUAGUGGAACAAAUCCUGAAUCUCAGAACUAAAAUACUUUUGACUUUACCCUUUAAGCUGAACCACAAAAUGUCAAAGCUCACGAAAAAAAUCUGCAGUUGAAUAUCAAAUCUAAAAUAGCAGAGGUUUGAAGGAUACCUAUGUAAAUGUCUUUGGGCACCUAAAUAUCUUGGAAGUCAGAGGGUGUGGUUUCCAUAUAUUUUCUGUAUUAUAUAAAAAAUAAAAACUGCCUGAGCUGUUAAGCAUGUCUCUGGCCAUUUAUGA